UCCUGAGCUCUAGCACCAUGGCCGUCUCCUCCCACCGCAUCCACACCAUCCACGGCGCGUUCGGCGCACCCUCCUGCUUCGCACCCUCCAUGCCCCUCUCAAUCAACUCAGCCCAGGCGUCCUCCUUCCACCGCCUCCCCAACGUCUGCGCCCCGCGCGCCCGCCCCUUCCGCGCAGUCCCGGGCGCAAGCAGCCCCGCCUCCGUCAGCCGUACCGCCCCCGCCUCGUCCGCCCCGAGCAUGGGCUCGUCAGCCGCAGGCAGCCGCCCUAGGAGGACGUCCUUGUCCUUCUCGGCGCCCCCAACGCCCACCCGCCGCGCACCCCCUCCCCCACCGGCCCCAGCAGAACGCACCGCCUCCGCGCUCCGCACGACCACGGCCCCGCUCGUCGUCGAGAUCCCGACCAUCGAGGACCCGUUCGCCGACGCCCCCGAGGAGCCGCUCGACCGCUCCGCGCGCACGCAGGUGCACACGUACACCGUCCCCGCGCCGCCCGCACCGAAACCGAGAGCUAGCAUGGAGGCGACGUCAGGCAUCAGCGCCCCGCCGGGGCUUGCGCGCACCGCUGCGCCGAGCAUUCCCAGCGCACGGGACAUCCGCGGACGCCUGGUGGCGAGUGCGCUGCUGAACCGCGGCUCGGGGCGGCCCCUUGGGGUGUACCUCCGCAGACGACUGUCUGGGCAGGAGCACGUCUACAUCAAGAGCGGCCUCUCGCAGCUCGUCGCGGUCGCUGCAUGA